AUGAAUGUCGUUCUGGAACAAACGGAGGAGUAUGUAGAUGGUCAACUGAAGAACAAAUAUGGAGAUACUUUUAUCCGAGGCAACAAUGCUAACCGCUUUUUAGUGUUCUAUAUCAGCACUCAAAAGCGAGGAGGACUGAACAUAGAGAUAUGGCUGGCUUCAGCUUCGACAGACCGUCAAGCAGCCAAUGACAUGAGGCACGUAAGUACAGGACCAUCCCAAGUAGGACGUCAAAAUUAUUUUAAAUAUCAAAAGGCUGUUGGGUAA